CCUCAUGACGACCCUUCUACACACAGCACCAACCUUCAAUCACAACAUGUACUACCCUGCUACCGGCCCUUCUACCGUGGUCUUGCCCUCUUUAAAAUCGUUGCUCAACGACAUUCCGUUGCCCAACGAAACCAAGUUUCACAACAUCAUCUCGUCCCAUCAGGUUGCGCCCUCCCCGUACCCACGGGGUGUUUCUCAAGGUUUGCCAGCGUUGAUUCCUGCUCAAAUCUGUCAGCCAUUGGAACAACAACAGCCGUUCCACAGCGGCCACCACACCUUCUCAUCACCAUCGUCCUACACUUCGCUCAUGAACCACGGACGCCACAUGACUCCUUCUCCCCCACCGUCGUACAACACCGAUAACCUCAACGUGGUUGCGAACGUUGCAUACAGCCAGAACCACUAUCCUUACCACGAGCACCCCAAGCUUUCCACCCACCCUAAGUCUCCUGUGUCCUCCCGAUCCAGCUCCCCGACCAACGGCGUCUCGUCCAACUCUGCUUUGGCGGCCGCGCGCGUCCGCAAGUACCAGUGCAAGGCCUGCUUGAAGUCUUUCACGACAUCCGGACAUUUGGCCCGCCACUCGCGCAUCCACACCGGUGAGAGAAAGCACGUGUGUCCGUUUGACGGCUGUAACGCCCGCUUCUCGCGCCACGAUAACUGUAUGCAGCACUUCAAAACCCAUUUGGGCAAGAGAAGAACCAAGAGGGUGACCGAGGGGAGCGUCUUGUCUGACUCCGACGUGGUAUCCCCUCCUCGCCACCACCCCGUCUUGGGAUAACCUCUGCAUACUUUUUUUUUUCAAUGGUUUUUAUGGUUUCUCGGUGCGCGUUUUUUGGUUACAGUUUCGUCUAUGGUCUUUAGCAAAAGCAAAAAUAAAUGGAUAAAAAGUAUUGAAAAUGUAGAUGGGGUGUACACUUGUCAUCUGAACGUAGUCGGUGCUAAACCAGAAAGCUGGUUAUCCCAAACUGACGAAUAUUAAUUCCGCCUACUGUUGCUAAGGUUAUAUACGUGUUAAUUGUC